AGUUGUCGUGAAUGAAAGGCCAACUUUCUUCUACGUCACAAACUCACAACACACAAACAUUAAAAAACCUAAACAAAACCCCUCUAUCAAUUUUUCCUCCCCUGUUUCUCCUAUCUCAAAUUCAACCAACCAAUCAAACCCAAAAAAAUAUACCACAAAUCAAUAGUUUCACAAAUCACACCCCAAUUUUACCAAAAAAAAAAAAACCUAAUCUUACUCUCUUUUUUAUCUAGUAAUCUAUCAUCUUUAAUAACAUCAAUGAAAGAAGAACAGAUUGAAACCCAUUUCUGGGGCACAACUCCAGAAGAAGAAUACUACACUCAACAAGGCAUCAAAUCCACCAAAUCCUACUACACUUCACCCAGUGGUCAAACCCUCUUCACAAGAUCAUGGAUCCCUCUCUCUCCUCCACGUGGCAACAUCUGUAUGGUCCAUGGCUAUGGCAAUGACAUCAGUUGGACCUUCCAAUCAACCCCAAUAUUUCUUGCCCAAAAUGGGUUUUCCUGUUUUGCCCUUGAUCUUCCAGGUCAUGGUCAAUCUGAUGGUCUAAAAGCAUUUGUUCCAAAUGUUGAUGAAGUUGUUGAUUCUUGUAUUUCCUUCUUCAAUUCCAUACCAUUUCAUUCAUUACCCACUUUUUUGUUUGGUGAAUCAAUGGGUGGAGCAAUUUGUUUGUUGAUUAGCUUAAAAAACCCUAAUUUUUUCAAAGGUGCAAUCUUGAUUGCACCCAUGUGUAAAAUCUCUGAUAAGGUAAAACCCAGUUGGCCAAUUCCUGAAAUUCUUACUCUUGUUGGAAAAUUCAUGCCAACUUUACCAAUUGUACCUUCCCCUGAUUUGUUGGAUAAGUCUGUUAAAGUUGCUGAGAAGAAAGCUAUUGCUGUUAUGAAUCCUUUGAGAUAUAAUGGAAAACCAAGAUUAGGGACUGUUAUUGAACUUUUAAGAGUAACUGAUUACUUGAGUAGUAAACUUAAUGAUGUUACUAUACCAUUUGUUGUUCUUCAUGGAAGUUCUGAUGUUGUUACUGAUCCUAAUGUGAGUAUUGCUCUUUAUGAGGAGGCUAAGAGCAAGGAUAAAACUAUCAAAAUUUAUGAAGGGAUGUUGCAUUCUUUGUUGUUUGGCGAGACGGAUGAGAACAUUAAGUUAGUGAGGAAUGAUAUAUUGGCUUGGUUGAGUGAUAGAUGCAAAGAAGAAGCUCAAUGAGGUUGAAAUUUUGGAAAGAUUAUGGUUUGUUUGGUUGGUGUGUGGAUUGUUGUUUGUUCUAUGUAGCGAAACUCGAUUAUAGUCACAUUGGGAUCAAAUCAACAAUGUGAAAUUUAGAAUGUGUUAAUCUUGGUGAAGAAAGAUUUGUGUAAUGUUGUGAUGUGAAGGAAAAGAAAAAGAGAAUUU